AUGCCGCCGCCGCAACUUAGAGGCUUCGGCGGGGGGCCUGCUGUAGCGGCGCCGUACCAUCAAGGUGGUUUCCCUUCACACGCUCAACCGCAAGCCGGUAUGCCAGGCGCAAACCAGUACAUGAACGCCAAUGCGCAGCUUGGGCCCUUCUCCGCCAACAAUAAUGCAUUCACAUCUGGCCUCAACAGUCUGAAUACCCAAGGUUUUGCAGACACGGGAUUUGGGAGCCAGAGUGCAAGGAUGGGCUUUCAUGGUCCUGCCGCUGCACUACAACAAUCACAACAUGGACAGCUUCACCAGAAUAUGUUAAUGGAACACCCCACGAUCAGGUCGCAACCUAACAAGGGAAGGAUACGGGAAGUGUGGAAACACAACUUACAUGAGGAAAUGGCCGUGUUACGAGAUCUGGUGGACAAGUACCCCUACAUUGCGAUGGAUACCGAGUUUCCGGGUGUGGUAUCAAGGCCCAUGGGAGGAUUCAGAGGAAAGAGCGACUACCAUUACCAAUGUCUGCGAACCAACGUCGACAUGCUUAAGGUCAUACAAAUAGGCCUAACUUUCUUUAACGAGGAUGGCGAAACCCCACCGGCACGACCGACAAACGACAUGAAGCUUGGCGCUGCUGCGCAAAAGGCCGCGACUAAUGCUCCCUUCCCUUGUUCGUGGCAGUUUAAUUUCAAGUUCUCCAUCGGCGACGACAUGUACAACGAGAAAUCAAUCGAGUCACUUCAGCAAGCCGGUAUCAACUUCGAUUUGCUUGAACGCGACGGUAUUGAUCCCCACGAAUUUGCGUCUCUUCUCAUUCCAUCCGGUCUAGUGUGCUUCGACAACGUGCGAUGGAUUUCUUUCCACGGCGGCUACGAUUUCGGCUAUCUCACCAAACUUCUGAUCUGCUUGCCCUUGCCGAAUGACGAGGUUGACUUCGAUCACAAGAUGAAGCUGUAUUUUCCAACGACGUAUGAUGUGAAGCAUCUCAUGAAGCAUGCGAUCCGACUUCACAACUCUGGUCUUCUAACCCCCAACGAUCCCAGUAGUGCUGAGAUCUUGCAAAAGUUUGAGCAUAAGUCAGGACUCGAAAACAUCGCAGAAACCCUCAAGAUUAAGCGCGUCGGCAAUGCGCACCAAGCAGGAUCUGACUCUUUACUUACCGGCAAGGUCUUCUUCUCUAUGCGCGACAAGAUAUUUGCUGGUGACAUCCCUGACGAGCACGUCGGCAAAGUUUGGGGUCUCGGAUUCCCUGACUCGAAUGUCAUGAUAAACCACCAAAAUAACAGCGAUGGCCAGACAAAUGGCAAUGCGCCCAGCACACCCAAUACUACGAGUGUUGGGCUGGCUACUACCCCUGGACCCCAAGGCCACAAUGGUAUCCUCAACACAGGGCCUAUGACACCUGGAGGAGGUGGCGGCGUAUUUGGUAGUUUUGCUUUUGGCGGCAACCGAUGA